CCGGAUCGAACGCGAUUUGUGCCUUAGCUUAAAACUAAAUUAUAUAUUGUGUGAUUCUUGAACUAUGACAAACGAGACUGAUUUGAAAGUGAACAUUUAUGAAGACGAUCCCAGAUGGGAAGAAUGCAAAUUCCAAAUACUAAAACAAAACAGUAUGGACCAAGGAAAGAAAACCAAAUGGGGUCGUAAGUUAAAACCAAGAAGGAAUUUGAUUCGCAAAGAGGGUCAGUGUAAUGUGGCUUAUAGAGGAAUCCCCAACAAAAGAAUGCGAUUCCUGAAGGACUUUUACGUCACCCUGGUUGAUAUGCAAUGGCGAUGGGCUACCCUGUCUUUAUUUGGUGGUUUCUUAACUUCAUAUUUUGUCUUCGGUUUCAUAUAUUGGCUGGUUUGUUACACACAUGGAGAUUUCCAUAAUCUUGGUAACGCGGAUUGGGUUCCUUGUAUAGAAAAGGUUACAUCAUUCUGGGACUGCUUCCUGUUUUCGAUUGAAACCCAAUCAACUGUAGGUUAUGGAACGUUGUAUCCCCAACCAACUUGUCCAGUAACAAUUCCUCUAGUGUAUUUACAAAUGACCCUUGGAUUCUUAGUGGAAACUGUCAUUCUUGGAUUCAUGUUCGUUAAAUUCGCCAGACCAAAGUACCGACGUCAUACACUUCUAUUUUCAAGGAGCGCUUGCAUCAGCAAAGAAAAUGGCGCACUGAGUCUCCAGAUUCGCGUUGGCGAUAUGCGACGCACGCAUCUUAUCCAAACACGUAUCCAGGCCAUGUUGGUACGUAAACAUAUAUCAGAGGAAAGACAAGUU